GAAAAAAAAGAUUUCGCAAUCCUCCCAGGCACGGCUUCAGUGAAAACCAAACAAUAACAGCGUCUCCGGUGCUUCCGUCCCGUUUGGAGGACAAAUAACUUGGUUUAAUCGCCGUGUCUAAAUGACGGACAAGGUUUAAACGUUUAUAAGAAAAGAGACGGCUAUAGAAGUUGUGCACGCGCGGACGGCGUUUCCUGUUCCGUGCCAAAAAGAAAAAAACGCACCCAGGCGGCGCGAGCGUUAGCGCCGGUGGUGGUGAUGAUGAUGAUGCAACCGAGAGCAACGCUCUUGCUGAGAAAGAGGGAGGUCAGGUGGAUGUGCUGCUGCUUCUGCAUUAAACAUUAAACCAUGUUAUUGAUGGCAUCCUCUGGCGUGACUCUGUGCAAGAGGAGCGCACAGUCGCAACCCUCAGCAACUAGUUUUUCGACAGCAUUCAGCACCAUCAUCCAGCGGGCGAAGGUGCAGACGCGAGCGCAGGAGAGAGGCAGUGGAUCCAAAUGAGCAAGCAGCCACAGAAGAUAACUAACACAGAGCAGAAUGGAGUGAGCGUCAUACAGAGCCAGGCUCAUAGCAGUGUCGCAAACUCUACAGCAGGACUACAGCAGGUUCCCCAACUCGUUCCAGUAAGCCCAAGAGGAGGUGGCAAGGCCACGCCACCCAGCAAAAUGAAAAAGACCCUCCUGGACAAGGACAGCGAUGAGUACAGGCAGCGGCGUGAGCGCAACAACCUGGCUGUGAAGAAGAGCCGCAUGCGCAGCAAGCAGAAGGCGCAGGACACGCAGCAGCGUGUCAACGAGCUCAAAGAGGAGAACGAGAGAUUGGAGGCCAAGAUAAAGCUGCUUAGCAAAGAGCUCAGUGUGCUCAAAGACCUGUUUCUGGAGCACGCGCACAACCUGGCCGACAAUGUGCCGCCUGCUACCGCGGCAACCGUUGCCCCCGGAGACCUCUGUAACACCAACAACAGCAGCCAGUGAGAUUGAGUCACUCCUUAAGGGGUGGCAACUCUGUACCAUAACAAUAAUCCUGUUUAACCUUUUCUUAAGGAAAUUUUUUAGGCCAUUUGCAUUUCAGAAGAAUGAAGCUUUUUCUGUUUUUCCCCCCUCAUGAGCAUCAGAUGUUUAAGAGAAAAAAAAAGAAAAUACUUUUGUAAUAAUUAUUAGCACUCUGGACUUUAACAGAAAGUGGUUUAUUUCUCAAACUGAAAGAUCAGAGGAGCUGCGUGCGUGAUUUGGAUUUGAAGUAGAAUCUCAGUUCACGAGUUGUACUUGAUCCUUGUCAUCUUUAUUCCUACACUCGGAUAUUGUUCUCUGUCAGACGUGGUGUAAAUAAGCAUAGACGGAAUGCGGAAAAGCUAUAACAGGGCUUAGGAAUGCCGUAGGUUUGGAUUAUUAUUAUUUUUUUUUUCCUGCUUAAGACUACAGCGAGUCACCGAACAAGAUUUGUGUUGUUGUUUUUUUUUUCCCCUCCUGUAUUUUUUCCACCUCUCCUUUCCGUGGCUGCCGCCACAGCUUUUCAUGGCAGCACGUUAGGUUCAUAAGAAACGUUUUAAACGUGUUCGGGCAAAUCGGUCUGACUUCAACAAGAAGAGACGGAAAGAAUAGACAUAAGAAGCAGUGUCCUAGAAAAGGGGAUAGAUUUAAUUUACACCCGAGGGCCUGUUUUUCAGGGCCUUCCCCUAUUUUUAUUCCUUUUCCCUUUGUAAGCUAUCUUUGUUAGGAGUGCUUCUUGUUUUAACUUUAGAGACGUUCCUGAAACUGAGAAAGACUGGCACGAUCGUGAUUAGACGAACAUGUAAAUUUGUUUGACAUUCAGCUGUGAUAUAAAUUCACAGGGGUGGACAAAUCAAAAGCAGAGGAGGGUAAAUAUAUUGAUGCAUAAACACUAUUUUAUCAAGUUAAUGUUCAUUUGAGACAUGGGUACAUUCAAACGGAGUGCACUAGUGUAUACAUUCACUGUCACGUGAAGAUUUGCAUCCACGGAUGACAUUUUAGAAUAAUACACGCCCACACACAAGGUAUGCUGAAAGCUGAAUGAAAUAAAGCGCGGCACAAAGCCGUUAUGCAUCUCUCCUGCUUAUAAAGACUCAAGUGUUAUCUUUUCUGCACUAAGAGGACAGAACAUCACAUUCCGUAUCUAAAACGUCAGGUAACGACAUUCUUUUGCAUCCACAGCGCAAAAACAGACCGUGUUACGUGAGUAUAACCACUUUGACUCAAAACAAUCCGACUAUAUGUUAUUAGAUCACGGACUUCAGUUAGGUUUCACGUUAAAGCCCUGGUAGACCAGACUAUACUAUUUAUGAUUUGUCCACCCCUGCAUUACGUACAGAUGUAAAUAAGGGUUUUCUGUUUGUUUGUUUAUGUUUUGAAAGAAUGAUUCCGGAGAUUGUCCACAAAGAACAAGAAUUUUUGUGUUGUACUUAGAAAGCGCCCCUGUCCUGGGACGAAAGAGUCAGACAGCACGGACAGCAUUGAGUUUGUUGCAUCAGACGGAAGAGCAGACAGUGGCGUUAACAAAAGCCGUUUAAAUUCCACUUGAGCCUCCAACCCUUCUUACAAAACUAUCCCAGGCACAGACAGACAGACAGACGGAGCGAGAGACGAGGGAGGGAUGCCGCCUGGGGUGUUGGUCGAAAAAAACAAAACAAAAAAAAAAACCAACCCAAACUGAUUUCAUCAUCGCGACACCCCAUGGUCCGGUCUGUCUGCACUUCCGUCUGAUGCGUGUUUGAUACACAGCAAGGGCUUAGACACCGAGGGCGGAUUCUUGCUGACUCAUCGAUUAGGCUUCUUUAAAAAAAAAAAAAGGGGGAGAGAAAAACCCAGAAGUGUGCGCUGAUUAAAAAAAUACUCGUUUAUGCAUAAUCCAUUUUUUUUUGUCCUUUUUUUGCUUUCACAUGUCUCCGACAGCUAAAAUCUUUCUAGCAUUUCUACACUGACUUUUUUGUACCUCAGGCUACGCCACUAAAGAGACUUUAGUGUAUUUGUACACCUGUUUAAAAGAAGAAAAAAUAUCAUCACACAUACAUGUAGACAAAGUGAUCUAGGUGAUAGUAAGAAUUUAAGCAUCUUUUCUUGGAUUCUUUUGUAAUAUUCCUUUUGUCAUUUUCUAUAUCUUUAGGUUUAAAAGGUUUGAAAAUAACAUUUAAUAAAAAAAAAGGAAAAAAAAGCAUGAUGCAUGGUUAUAGCACUGUUCAGGAAAUAAAAAUGCACAGCGUGUUAUCAGAUUAGGCUUUGAUACAGGAGUUUAAAAAGAAACGAACGAUUAUGUCGUCCAUGUUAUGUUCAUCAAAUAUUUGAUUAGCAUUUUUUGCUGAAGUAUGAGCGUUGCUGGCCAACUUGCUUUUUUAUAUAAGACUAUAAGGGGUUAUUGUGCAUUAUAAAUUAAAAUUGAUUACAAAAUGUCAA